AUGGAAGUCAAACUUUUUCGGGUAUCUAAUGAACAUAUAAAAAACCAGUGUUAUCUUAUUUAUGAAGGUAAUUCGGGUAUUUUGGUUGAUCCUGCAUGGGAUUAUGAAUUGAUCAAUGAUUUUUUGCAGGAGAAUGAGAUUACAUUAAAGGGGGUACUUUUAACGCAUUAUCACCAUGACCAUACUAAUCUUGCGGCUGCUUUUGCAGAAAAACACGUUGUUCCUGUAUAUAUGUCUGCAAUUGAAAUCAGAGAAUACGGCUUCACUGUUCAGCAUCUGAUUGCGGUACAGCAUUUACAAGAGUUUGUGGUGGAUGACUUUAUGGUUACUGCUUUAUUGACUCCCGGUCAUACUAAAGGCAGUGUGUGUUACUGGAUUGGCGGUCAUUGUUUUACGGGGGAUACUAUUUUCAUUGAGGGGGUAGGGAUCAGCAGUGAGCUGAAUGUCGGUUCUUUAUUCAAUUCUGUGCAAUUUAUAAAGCAAUAUUUGCCGGCACAUACGCUGAUCUGGCCAGGACAUUCCUUUGGCCAGACCCCAGGCAAGGAACUUAACUUUUUGCUGAAGAAUAAU